AAAACGGAAGUGAAAUAUUUCAAAAUUUUCUUUAUUUUGCGAUUACUUGAAAUCCUGAAGAGAUAGACAAAUAUGAUGUUCACAUGAAUUGUGUAGAAUUCAAUUUUGCAUCUUUGCAUAUCAUUUGCAUACGUGUCCGAACAAUAGUAUUUGAGUUAUAAUCAAAAAACGGAAGUGAAAUAUUUCAAAAUUUUCUUUAUUUUGCGAUUACUUGAAAUCCUGAAGAGAUAGACAAACAUGAUGGUAACAUGAAUUGUGUAGAAUUCAAUUCUGCGUCUUUGCAUAUUAUUUGCAUACUUGUGUGAUUAUUAAUACUUUAGUUAUAACCAAAAAACGGAGGUACAUAUAUUUCAUGAACUAUUUCAUUGUUGCUUUACUUUGCGAUUACUUCAAAUUCUGACGAAAUAGACUAACACAAUCUUCGCAAGAUUUGUGUAGAAUUCAAUGUUGCGUCUUUGCAUAUUGUUUGCAUACUUGUCCGAGCAUUAGUUCUUGAGUUCUUGUCAAAAACUUUUUGACAAGGUGCCUUCGUUGCUUCUCCCAUUACGGUAAGCACUGUGGUCGGAUUGCAGUUCGUUGAAUGAAGAGUAUCCGCGGGUAUAUAUGUUUGCAGCAAACAUAUUAUCGUCUUUCCCUUUGCCCAUCUGCGUCAGCUCGUCUACCUUGCUUGCGUCUAACAUCGUAAAACACUUUGGUUUAUCAUGACGUCACGGGUAAGUAAGGGUAAGUGUUUCUAGAAAAAAAUCGUAAUCCGAACCGAUAUAUCCGAUAUAUUUUAUUAAAUCAAUAAUAAAAACAAGGUUUUUAUCCGAAAUAAUGUUCCUCAUUAUUCGUUAACAGUUCACGCUAUUUUUCUACUUUCAUGAAAUAAAACCAAAAAAUCAAAAUUUCUCUUUCGCGUUUUGUUUUCAUCUAAUUUUAACCUUCCAUCCCGAAACGGCCCAUAGUGCACAGAACGGGCGCGCGAUCGCACCGACACCACAUCCGAGGGGUGGAUUUUUUCUUUUGCGCUUUGUUUCGGUUGAACACGCGUGCCGAUAAGACGCGCGCCGCGUUCGCUGAGUGUGUCGUUUUUGCUUACUUUUCACCCCCUUCUUCAGUGGUGUCCGUUCCGCCCUUUUUUGCGAAGAUCUUUUCUUCGUAACCGCUCGGUUCAAUAUCGGAUAGGCAGCAGCGUGCACAGUGGCGCAGGUGGUUCUGGUUGAAUUCGCUCCCUAGCAACGUGCUUCGUUUCCGAUUCCGAUUGCAACAGGUGUGUGAGCAAGUUGCCUCUUCGCAUUGUACGGUGCACGCUAGCGAUCGGGGCACACUAGUGUGAUAAGCAGCUAAAGCCAUUGCGUUCCGUACGUAAGGGUGACGUUAGAGUGUAGUUUCGGGGCCUAAAAUUGCCACCCGCAUCUUUACGCGACUGUGUCACCGUUUUUUGCCAUCCUUUUGGUCGAAGGUUUUGAGGUUUUGAGUGUAACCGUAAGGGGUGUGAUACGAUGUUCUCGCAACCUCGUCAGUGCAGCAACAAAGCUACACGCAACAAAUGAAGGAAGCAAAAUUGUAAGUGCGUCGUGUGGCUAUAUAUAUGUACGUGAGCUGUGUAGUGUUGGAUCAAAAAUAGCAAAACGUUCCGAAAGGAUCUCCAUUCUAUGUAAAGUGCGAUGUAAGGCUGAAUAAAUGAUCAGUGUUAAAAUCAGUAAAUGAUGCAGCCACUGUCUAGGCUGCAUCAGGAUAAGUGUUCAAAAAGUUGUUGCGUACUUUGUGUUUGUUUACUGUAAAGCAAGUAAAUAGGAGUAGCAGUUACAUUAUAUUCAAGCGCGACCAAAACAGCGCCAGAUAGAGCCAUAUUAAACACAGUGCUUUUCCGCUCGUUGAUGAGGCGCCAACAUUGGACCAUUAAAGUUUCACACUACGUGACAUGAUGCAACGUGCCGAAGUCAUCGCCCUACAACCGAUACCGAUGCCGCUAUUUACACCAAACGCAAUUCGAUCGAAAAACUCGUCCGGUAUUGGUGCAAGGUGCAACCAGGGCGGUGCAACACCCUCUGGUGCGCAAGCAUUUUGAUUGGUUCUAGCCGUCGCGAUCAUUAUAAUCUGCUGCACCUUGGUGCAUCGAGCGAAAAAGCCCACCAUGUCAGGGCGGCCCCUGAUACUGCAAACCACCACCAACAAAAAAAAGGUAGUGGGGAGAUGGGAGUUUUCCUUCCCAACUCCAAAAAAGGGAAAAUCGCCAAACCCCCUCUCGAAUCGGCCAGAGACUCGGUGCUCUAGUUUCAACGCUCACACUCAACCCCGAUUUUAGUGAUGGCAAUUGUGCAAUUUAAAUUAUUUCACAUCACCAGCAACAACCUUAUAACGCUUUGGCUCCACUUUCGGUUCUAGCUCGGGCGAAUGCAUUCUUUUUGGCGACGGCGUGCCCAACUCGGUACGCGUUUUUCCUCGGCCCGAGCAGGGGCUCAUUUGUGCGUGGAAAAAUGUUAAUUGAAUUUAAACUAUAGCUCCACCAGUUUGCGUUUGUGGAUGGAGGCUCCAUUGGGCCUCUAACUCUUCGGGGUGCAAGUCUUCGUGGUGGAUUUUUCCGAGUUUCACCCAUUAGCUCACGAUGUCACCUCGUUUCACGGCUUUGCUUUCGAACAGCAUUCCAUCUAACCGAUUUGCGGAUCGAACAAACCAGACAAGACAGGGAAGACGCGUCGGCAUUCUAUUUUGCAGCGUAAUUGUUACAUAAUUAUAAUCUUUUUCAAGCAAUGUUUCGAUGUACGAUUAUUAUAGAUUCUUAGCUUUAGGUGUUGGAAAAUAUUUUAUUCGUAUAAAAACGAUCUCGUCUUAUGUGACUACUAAUAUCAGGUUCUUAAGAUAGCUAAGUAGUACGUUAAUUCCUUUUAAAACCUUCUAAAUUAUUGCCUCAUGAACUUUUGUUUGCCACAAAGAAAUAGAUUAGAUUAGAGACAUGACAAUUACCUCUCAACCAUGGAGUACUGAGCCUCUCGAGUUUUAUUACUAAUAUUAAUCGACACACUCAACUACAACCAUAAAAUACCAAAUUUAAUGACCAAACCUUGCACUAGAACACACUCUUUCACCAUAAAUAAUCACAAAACGCUAUUUACUUGCAAAACCUGCUCUACCAGCAAUGGAUCAUCAUCUCAUAAUGGAACCAUAUUAACACGCAAAGUAAACAUCUCGAACAUAUUGGCCGAGUUAUUGAUGAACCUUUCUUGUCCAUUUUAUCUUCUCCACUAUCGGAAUUACUCCAGUACGCAAACCAACCGCUCAACAAUCAGCCACCGAACCGGUCCGCCUGUACCACCGUACCGAUGCACGGGCGCAGCAGCCAAGAUACGUUUAAUAAAAUCAUACGUUUCAUAAACGAAAGCCGAUAAGGAUAAGAUAUCAUGGCGAGUGAAGGUUUAUAAUUGGUGCCGACUCUAACUGAACACCGACUAAACAUGUCCGAGCAUAGCAAACAGAACGCGGAACGAACGCGGACAGGUGCAUCGAUACAAAUCGUAGCAAAUGCAGGUGUUAAACAGUUUAAUUUUCGGUUGAAAAUCGAGUUUAAAUAUUAAAAGCCACAGGCACGUAAUUGACGCGAAGACUUGACUCGCAGCCAACCGAUGACGCUGACGGCUGGAAGCAUCCGGGAAAGUGACGUCAUGUCUAGCGGUUUGCUAAAGGUGGAACAUCCCGCUAAUAAUGGGACCGGGCUGGUACCGGGACGGUUAUCCCUUAGCAGUGACAACCUUGCAGUGACAACGGGAAGUCGUCUCGGCAAUGGAGAACGGGGUGGUUCCCUCACACCUAAUCUUCCCUCGAUGGAUCGACUGAGUGCACCGAUUCUGACACGCCGAAAGUUUAGCUUCCCCGCCAAUCUUCACUCGACCGCACUGUUAGGAUUUCCUGAGAUCGGCCACCGCGAUGGAAUGGGCGGGGGUGCAUCCCUAUCCGCUUCCAGUACCGCCCUUUCCGCACGGAGACGUCUCAGCAACGUGAGUGACGUCGUGACACGGAAACUCUCGAGUACGAUCGGCUGGAAGCAACCGGUACUACCCUCCCAGGACAUCAUCACACAGGGCAAGUGUUUGUGUGGCCAGUACAUCCGUUGUCGAUUAAAGCGUUCUGGCGUUUUUAAUCGAAAGCUAGGGCUGCAGCGCAUCCGAAGCAUCGUCGGCACACCUUCGAUCCAUGUCGUGCGAGAAGUAUUCCCAGCCUUAUUAAGUGUUGGCGAGGAACUAGAGAGGAUGUAUCCACGCAUCUACAACGGUAUUGCACGACAGUUGACUCGCUUUGGACGCGGUGAGCUAAAAACCCCCGAGACGGCUCCCGUACUACUGAGUGCCAUUGCACGGGAUCUCUUCAAGGUGGACAUUACGUGGGGCAAGGUGGUGUCACUGUUUGCCAUUGCCGGAGGCCUUUCAGUUGACUGUGUCCGACAGGGACAUCCAGACUAUCUGCCCAAGCUGGUCGAGGGUGUUGCAGAUGUGAUCGAAGACGAGCUUGUUACAUGGAUCUCGGAAAAUGGUGGAUGGAUCGGUUUAGCGAACAAGGUGCGACCGCCGCAGGAAGAGAUCACCUUUACAGUACGGUGUCUAGUAGGAGCAAGCUGUGUGAUAGGACUAUUUAUGAUCGUCUUUCUAUUAAAGACGCUAGGCUUAUAUUUAUUUCCAAAUAUAUUCUCUUAAUUUCGAA